AUGAAAACUAUACUAAAAUAAUAUAUUCAUACUCUAAGUCUAACACAAAGAAUUACUACUUGUAUACCUUAUUUUCAUAAUUGCAAUAAUAUAUAUUUUAUAGAAAAUUUGGAUUAUAUAUAUAUAAGCAGUAUUACAGAUUUUAAAUUAUCAUAAAAAAUAGUUAUAAGAAUCUAAUCAAAUAUAUCUCAAGCUUUUUUUAUAUUUAAGACCUUUCAAUUAAUUAAUUUCCAGCCAUUAAAAAAAGUCUAUUAGAUAUAAUUUGUUCUGUANAAUAAUACAAAUAUUCCAAAUAGUGCUAAUUAAAGAAAAAGUAGUGUUACUCAUAUUCUGAACAUACUUAAGUCACCAAACAAAAAUAGUUCUUAAUAGAUAUAACAUAUUUCAUCUACUCCUAGAGAUUAAGAAUCAAAAAGAAGUUUUAAUAAUAAAAAGGUUCAUCAAUUAGAAUUGCAAGUGAUGUCUGAUCUAUAGAGCUUAUUACAAAAAAAGACCUGUUUAACUCAUAGAAGUUCAAUGACUAAUAAAAAUUGCAUUAAGAAAAAAUUGAAUACUAGAGAACUUAAUUAGUUUAAAUGUGUAAGGUUACCCCUAUCCAAUAGAGACUUUAAUAAUCAACAAAAAGAAUGA